CAAGAUAUUUGCGCCGCGUAGCGUAGGAACACGAGUACUCCUGCCCUGCUCCUUUGCUUGCAAUUCAAACCAGACCAAACGCCCGCUCCAACCCAUACCCAAUCCUCUUUUUUUCGCCGCAUUUAUUUAUUCCAAUUCCAAGCGCGCCUGCGCCAACCGCACUGCGGAAAGCAAGCUUCGGGCCACCUCGCACUCGCGCGCGCCUCAAAGAUGCACAGGCAGCUCAGCCUCUCCGCAAGCAGCCCCAAGCAGCAGCAGCAGCAGCAACCUCCUGACGGCAGCGGCGACGCGGCGCAGGCGAUGGUGGAGCUGGACGAGUCGUCGGCGUCGCACUCGCACUCCAGCUCCAAGGCCAGCAGGGGGUGGUCGGCGACGGCGAGGGACGAGAGGGCCAUCCACCUCAUCCCGCUGCUCACCUUCCUCUGCUUCCUCCUGCUCUUCCUCUGCUCCCACGACCCGUCCGCUGCCGAUAUGUCGAGCUUCGCUGGCGGCGGCGGCGGCGGCGUGAGAUCUGGGAACCGGAGGUUAAUGAUGCUUUAGACUGCUGCUGCUGCUUGUCUACUUAGCUAGCCAUUGGAGUAUUAUCCGAUGAGCAUGUUGUACUUUAGUACCUGUCCAGCACUCCAGCAGUAACCAAGUACGGGACCAUAUAAAAUGAGGAUCCCUACAAAAUGUCGUUGCUUUGGUAAUACUACACCAGCAUUUGUUUUCCUGAUCA